CGAUCGGUAGUCACCUGUUCUCUCUCGCUCCCCCACUCUCUCAUCGUGCUCACUACUAUAUCGAGGCCAGCUCGUCUCUUCUUGUCCCCUCUAACGAUCAACACUCGAGGCGGAUUGUUCGCCAUCCGGCCAACGCCGACCGGCCACUUCCACUAGCUGACCUAGCCAUGCCGUCCCCUGCUCGCCCCGGCCCCAGCCACCCAACAGAACGCUCUCCGCUCCUAGCGGGGAGCAGUGCCGGCUCCAAGCCCCGCCGCGAGAGCGUUGUCGAGUAUGCGACACAUGUGCCGGAGGACUAUGCGCCUGUGCUCGACACCACGAGCAAGCACUACAACCUCGCCGGGUUGUCACAGGCCGACUUCUGGUUGCUCUGUAUCUCGAUGUGGUCGUGCGCCUUCCUUAGCGCCUUCGACGGCACGAUCGUCGCGACGCUGCUCGGACCGAUUUCGUCUGCGUUCAACGCGACGAACCUCGCAUCGUGGCUCGGUACGGCCUACCUCCUCUCGGUCUGCUGCUUCACGCCCAUCUAUGGGCGCCUGUGCAACAUCAUAGGCCGACAGCCAUCGAUGCUCAUCUCGCUAUCCUUUUUCUCCAUCGGCAACAUCAUGUGUGCUGUCGCGCCCAGCAUGAAGUUCCUCAUCUUUGCGCGCGCGAUCGCAGGCAUCGGCGGCGGUGGCCUCACCUCGGUGGGCAGCACGAUCAUGAGCGACCUCGUGCCCAUCAGCUACCGCGGCAUCUUCCAAGGCUACGGCAACAUCAUGUUCGGCUUGGGGUCCGGCCUUGGCGCCCCGCUUGGUGGCAUCAUCAACGAUCAUCUCGGCUGGCGCUGGGCAUUCUACCUCCAGGUCCCGCUGCUUGCGCUCGCCGGCCUCAUGAUCUGGUGGAAGGUGAGGUAUAGUGUGCGCUCGCCCAACUCAAGCGGUGCCGCCACGCCCGAGGUGCGCGAGACGAUCGGACAGAAGCUCCGCCGCAUUGACUGGCUCGGAAGCUUCACCCUCGCAAUCUUCAUCGGCCUGGCACUACUUGCCGUCACACUCGUCACCUCGUCGACGGACCCGGAGAUCGCGUACAAGUGGGGCGACAAUCUCAUUAUCGGCAUGUUCAUCACGUCCGCCGUCUUCUUCUGCAUUUUCUUGCAUGUGGAGUUGUUCGUCGCAUCAGAGCCCGUGCUCCCCGUCGAGCUGCUGUCGCAGCGCACUCCGAUCGCAGUCGCCAUCAACAAUUUCACCAUCUCUAUCUUAUCGUUCGGCGUGAUGUACUCUGUCCCGCUGUUCUUUAUGGCCGUGCGCCUCAUGUCGCCCUCCAACGCCGGCAUCCACCUAAUUCCCAACUCGAUUCUCGGCUCGCUUGGUUCUCUCGCCGUGGGCUUUGUCGUCCGCGCCACAGGCCGGUACUAUUGGCUCACGGUGUUCUGCGGCGCCUUCUCGAUCAUUAGCGCGAUCCUUCUCUCAACGUGGGACGAGCAUACGUCUGAGUUCUGGCUCUGGACGAGCUUUGGCCCCAUGGCAUUCUCCCUCGGCUCCGUGACGACACUUACGAUUGUUGCUCUCAUCGCCGACAUCGGGCGUGAGCAUGUCGCAGUCGCCACCUCGCUCUCGUACAUGUUCCGUACGACGGGUCAAGUCCUCGGCGUCUCUCUCUCCGGCGCGCUCACGCAGGCCGUGCUCCAGCGCGAGCUCGAGCAGCGCAUCACCGGCCCGAACGCGCAGAAGAUCAUCGCUGCCAUCCGCGAGUCGUCCAGUUCGAUCCGCGACCUCCCACCCGUGCUCCAGGCCGCCGCGACUGCGUCGUAUCAGAAGGCGCUGCACGCUGUGUUUGUGUGCGCCAUCAUCGCGUCCACUGUGGGCGUGCUUUCCUCCAUGGGCAUUCGCGAAAUUGACAUGAACGCCGCGCUGCAGAAGGCUGACGAUUCGGAGGAUGAAGCGUAGUCUUGCGUGCUCGAUGUUGGGUCCCUGCUCCUUAAUAUCGGUCUCGUCUCACUGCGAUGACCACUAUCUGACUCGUCUAUAUCAAUAUCUACCGUGUAGUGCAGUUAUAUCCACCUCGUUAUGCAAGGGUCCCGGGCUAUUAUCCAUGCUUGGGAGUCUGUGGGCGUGUC